AUGAAAUUCAACAAGUUCCUUGCAAGUUUGGCAUCACUUUCCUUAUUAUCACAAACGCUCGCUGCUCCUGCAAAAAGAGAUGAUGGUGAUGAUGAUGAUGUUGUUGUUGUGACGCUCCAAACGACUGUUCUGGAUGUGCACACCAAUACCCAUAUAGUUAAUGCUCCUACUUCGACCUAUAUCAAUUAUAUCGUGAGUGCAAGUACUAAAACUGUAACUCACUACACUGCUACUGUCACAUCUACGAUCUGGGGUACAGCACACACAUACACUACUGUUGCUACCACACCUAUUUCAGCUGCUGACGUUUCACCAGUUAGUGAGAACGAAGUUCAAACAUCUACAAACGGACAGCAACAGCAGCAACAGAAAACAGCAACACAGUCGUCUGAUGACACAAGUACAUCUUCUUCAAGUCCGGGUCAAGUUGCUUCCUCAUCAGCUGAAACCACUGGAGCUCAAUCCUCGCUGGCACUGACGUCACAACAAUCUGUCGCUGUUGGUUCUGGAUCUGCAUCGUCAACGCAAUUAGUCCAACCUUCUUCGUCUCAGUUGGUGACAGAAACAGAUUCAGUGUCUGAUGGUCCUACAAUUACCGGUACAGCUGUCCCUAGUAGUACUGAUUCUUGGAUAAUUGAAAAUGUAACCACCGUUACUUCAAGUGGAGUUUGUUACGUCAAUUAUGAUUACUACUACGAUACUGAAACUGAUGCUGAAGAAACAGUAACGCUGACUUCAACAAUCUUUACUACGGUCACUCUCAACUAG